UGUGUUCCUGACUUGACUAUAUACUUGUUCAAUUUCAUUUUCAGACUUGCCAAUGCGAAGGAGUGCUUCUUCAAGUUUGGUGGCCUUCUUUGCUGCCUAUCAGCCUUGCUGUUUGAGACAGUCAUAGUAAGCAGCCAAUUCUGGCGCCUCUGGGAAUUCAAUGACAAGCGUGUGCAAUUCGUGUCUUUUGGACUUUGGGAAGCUUACUACCCUCAAGAAUUUAAUGUUUCAGGCACUGUAACCAAGAUUCUGGUGCACACCCCUAUCAAUUCCACGUGGACCAUUUCACCUGAAUUUCAGUGCGCACAGACCCUUAUAAUGUGGGCUGUUUCGAUGAUGCCUGUAGUUCUGAUUAUCAGUGCAAUCGCCAUUUAUAUUGACUGCAUGAAAGACCCAUUUAUUGAGAUGCAGUUAUAUUGCUACAAGGGUGCUGCCUUAGUUUUGUGUGUUAGCAGCAUCUUCACACUUGUUUCUGUGAGCUGGAACCACUUUGUAGAACAUUAUGGCCAAACCACUCUUGACUUUCCACCUGACUUUCCAGUUAAAAAAGAAGCCUUAAUAAGCAAACACUAUACUGUUGUGUUCCCAGUAGGGGUACUGAUUGCCACCAUGUCACUCUUUGGUGUUACCUUCUUUCUCUUUGAGAUAAACUCUUUGAAACUAAAGAAUCAGGUGAAGACCAAGUGUGCUUCCAUAGUGGCCAUUGAAGAGAUAUGA